AUGGCGAUGAGGGAUCCAGUCCCGGGCGCAGGCCCUUCAGCGGAUCUCGUGUCGCUGGUGACCAGCACGAGCUCAACAACUGUGCAGCUUUCCGACGAUACAGUCCUCUCUCAUCUCCAGCAGCGCUUUCGCUCAGAGCAACCUUACAGUCGCCUUGGUGGCACGUCGCUCAUUGUCAUCAAUCCCUUGCGCACGCUGGCGAAUUUGAACGAUGCCAGUGCUGAUGCGUACCGCAAGCUCUACAACGAGGCUAGCUGGGAACAGAGCGGAUCUCUGCAGCCCGAUGACCGCCUUCCGCCUCAUCCCUAUGAGUUUGCAACACGAGUGUACCAUGCCAUGCGACGGACGAAAGAAAGCCAAGCAGUUCUUUACAGCGGCCCCACAAACUCGGGCAAGACGUUCGCAUCGAAACUACUUACACAACAAUUGCUCCGCUUGUCCAGCAAUGCGACCAAACGCGAGGCCAAACUGGCCGACCAAGUCCGCUCCUUUGACACCAUCUUGAACUCGUUUGGCGCAGCCAAGACCAAAAGCAAUGGGAAUGCCAGUCGGCAUGGCAAGUACACCGAGCUGCACUUCACCGAAGCAGGUCGGCUCGGCGCUUUCAAAGUUCUUACCUUUGGUUUGGACAAGUCGCGUCUUUGCGGUCCCCUGGCGAGCGAAGAGCGUACUUUCCACGUCUUCUACCAGCUCCUUGCUGGCGCUACAGCAGAUGAGAGGGACCAAUUUAGAUUGGAGGAUGUGACUAGCUAUCCUCUUCUUGCCUCUUCUGGCUGCUAUAGACUGGCGGGUGGCCCUUCCAGCGACGAUGGCAUUGCAAUGGAGGAGCUCAGGGUCGCGCUUCGCAGCCUUGGCUUCAAGCAAAAGCAGACUACUGCUAUCUUUAGCUUGCUCUCCGCCAUCCUGACACUCAGCUGCAUUACCUUCGCCGAGCCGGACAGCAACGUCAUGGAAGCAGACGCUGCCAAAAUCACAAGUCGCGAGGCGCUGGAGGACGUUGCCAUUCUUCUAGGUGUGGACGAAAGCGAGCUCGAGCAGUGUCUGACGACCCGCACGCGUAUGGUUCGCAAAGAGCAAGUGUCCAGCAUCCUCUCUGCUGCUGCCGCUGCCCAUCAAAGAGAUGUACUUGCCAGAGAUCUAUACGCCACUCUGUUCGCAUACAUUGUCGAGAGCGCAAAUCACAAGGUCUGCCCAGCGCCGGACGAGCACUUCCCUACGCAGAUCGUGCAGCUCGAUGUUGCUGGCUUCCAACGCAAAGGACCUGCUUCCUCCAUCGCUGCGCCUGGCGCCGCAGGCCUCCCGCCUAGUGGUCACCACGAAUUCUCCUCAGCCAACUUCCCAGCCGAAAUGGUUCAAAAUUACCUGGUCAGGCAAAUUUUUGACGCUGAUGGACCACUGAACGCCGGGCCUCUGGCUGAUGGAAUCGCCACACCGGAGACCCAAGUGACUGACAAUACAUCUUGCGUUGAGCUGCUGAGAGGUAGCGCGAGCAUUGGCGGACCAACGGAUCGCAAGCCAGGAGGACUGCUUGGCACCCUCGACAAGGCGAUGCAGAAGGUCAGAGGUGGCAAGGCAAAGGAGGAGGAUGAUACGUCUUUGCUGGCAGAGCUUGAUCAACAUGCCGGCCACAUGUCUUACCUCGCGUCGACCAACUCCACUUUGGCCUCCACCGCGCCGCAGAGCCAAGGUGGUCGCCGAGUCUUUGCGGUCAAUCACUACCAGGGACAAUGCACGUACGACGUGCAAGGCUUUGUGAGCCGCGAGCUUGACGUGUUUGACUCGAGCUUUGUGUCGAUGCUGCGCAGAAGCCAAGUUGGGUUCGUUGGCAAGCUCUUCGCUGGGCCCAGUCUGGCAACGGAGCCGCAUCCUCUUGAUGCUUCAAUUGUCGCAAAUGCACAGGUCAGCGUUCGACCACUGCGACAACCAUCGACGCUGGCUCCAGACGCUCCAUCGGUGGAUCCCCUUCUGGAUCCUCAGCGCGUGUACGGGAUCAGCAGACAGGUCAAUGCCACCAUCAGCGAGAUCCUUGGUGCAGUUCGCCAUGCUGGCCGUACAUGGUCUGUACUCGCACUGCGUCCAAACGACAUUGACCAACCCAACAGCUUCGAUGCUCGACGCGUCAAAGCGCAGCUUCGCAGCAUGCUCCUUCCCGAAAUGGCGUCACGCAAGCGCAGCGAGUACGUGCAGGCAAUGGCCUUUGACGCCUUCUGCCUGCGAUACUCCGAUUCAGUCAUUCCGGCUGCCGCAGCCGCCGGUGUCUCGGAGCCUAGGGAGAAGAUUCAAGCAUUUGCCAUUGCUAACGCAUUGCGUGACGGCCUGGACUAUGCUCUGGGUCAUGAGAAGGUGUGGUUGGGUUACAGUGCAUGGAGACGCCUGGAGGAUCGUUUGCGAGCCAGCGAGCCUUCUGAGGUAUUUGCUGAUGCGGACCCUAUCGAGCGAGGCAGUGGUGGCAGCCCGCCCACAUAUCCACCCGGUCAACUAGCAACGAGAAGCGCGAGCUAUCUGACGCCGAUGGGUGGCGAUGGAGACCUGGGCAAAGCCGGCUUCGAAGACGAGGACGAGCAGCAGCUGCUUCGCCGACCCUCGGGAGCAUCAAAUCCGUUCGCAGGCUCAAUCAAGGACGUUGCCAGCGAUAACGGUUGGGGCGGCGAGUGGGACAAGGGUGCCUACGGAGGUGCCCUCAACCCCGGUAUGGCUGGCGCCCUGGAAAAGUCCGCCGACCUCGAAGGCAAAGGCAUUGAUGCCGUAGCCGAAGAGCCGAUCUCUGCGGUCCGACGGUGGUGGACACGCUUCGUUUGGAUACUCACCUGGUGGAUUCCAAACUGGGCCCUCUCCCGCUGCGGCGGAAUGAAGCGCCCAGACGUGCAGAUGGCGUGGCGCGAGAAGCUUACCAUCUGCAUGCUCAUCGCCUUCCUAUGUUGCUUCAUCUUGUUCUACGUCAUUGCGUUCGGAAGAAUCCUCUGUCCCGACCAGGAUCGUGCUUGGAACGACAACCAGCUUUCCGGCUUUAACGACCCGGAGCAAAAGUAUUACACUGCGGUCCGCGGAAAGGUUUACGACCUGACCAGCUUUGCAGGUGGCAGGCACGCCACAGGCGUUACCGACGAAAUCAUGAAGCAGCUGGGCGGACAAGACCUCACCCCGUACUUUCCUGUCUUGCCGGUGGUCGCAUGCCCCGGACUGGUCCAAGAUGCCAACGUGCAACUGACUGCAAAUGGCUCGUCCACCUACUACACGCCAACUUUCCCGCAGGCUGUGCACACUUCCGGCACCCGCGCUGCUGAUCAGACAAGCGAGCUUGCCAGCCAGAACUGGUACCCUCAAACCCUGAUACCUUUCCUGAACAAGCGCUACAAGGGUUUCUACGUCGUGUCCACCAUGGACGUCAGAAAGGCAGGCUCAGAUGGGGACCGCAGUUGGGCCAUCGUGCACGACAAUAUUUACGACCUUGGCGAUUAUGUCUACACGAUGAGCCAGAACAAUGGCGCAGUUGUCGGCACCACUUUCCUGGCGGACAGCAUCUCUUCCUUGUUCGCGAAUCAGGCAGGCAAAGAUAUCAGCAAAGACUUUGACGAAGCGAUGGGUGCGCUGAACAGCACGGCGCGAGCCAGCCAUCAGCAAUGUCUGGACAACUUGUUCUACAUCGGAAAGACCGACUUCCGGCUGACUGCAAGGUGCGAGGCUCAGAAUUACAUCCUUCUUGCCUUCAGUUGCAUUAUCAUGGCGACGAUUGGUGCAAAGUUCUUGGCUGCCCUUCAGCUGGCACCCAAACGCAAUCCAGAGCAGCAAGAUAAAUUUGUCAUCUGCCAAGUUCCGUGCUACACUGAAGGCGAAGAAGAACUGAGAAAAACCAUCGACUCGCUCGCUGGCUUGAAGUACGAUGAUAAACGCAAACUGCUGUUUAUAAUCUGCGACGGUAUGAUCGUUGGUUCAGGCAACGAGCUGCCCACACCCCGCAUCGUUCUGGACAUUCUCGGAGUUGACCCCAAAAUCGAUCCUGAACCCCUGAUGUUCAAGAGCGUGGCUGAGGGGUCCAAGCAACUCAACUAUGGCAAGAUUUACUCGGGCUUGUACGAAUUUGAAGGCCACGUCGUUCCAUAUGUGGUCGUGGUGAAGGUGGGAAGACCAAGCGAGCGCAGUCGACCAGGCAAUCGUGGAAAGCGCGACACGCAGAUCCUUCUUAUGCGCUACCUCAACCGAGUUCACUUCGACGCCCCGAUGUUCCCUCUCGAGCUCGAGAUCUACCAUCAGAUGAAGAACGUCAUUGGCAUCGAUCCCGCCUUUUACGAGUACAUCCUGAUGGUCGACGCAGACACUUCAGUGGAGCCUGAAGGCCUCAAUCGUCUUGUUUCCGUGGCGGCGGAUGACUCGCGCGUCAUCGCCAUCUGUGGUGAAACAAAGGUCAGCAACGAAGAAGGCUCUUGGUGGACCAUGAUUCAAGUGUACGAAUACUACAUUUCGCAUCACCUUGCGAAGGCCUUCGAAUCGCUAUUUGGCAGUGUGACGUGUCUGCCAGGCUGUUUCUCAAUGUAUCGCAUCCGGAGUGCCGACAAAGGACGUCCUCUCUUCAUCUCGAGCCGCAUCAUCGACGACUACUCGGACAAUCGCGCCGACACCUUGCACAAGAAGAAUUUGCUGUCGCUUGGUGAAGAUCGUUAUCUCACCACCUUGAUCCUGAAGCACUUCCCAGCAUACCGCACCAAGUUCACGGCGGAUGCUCACGCGCACACCAGUACGCCUGAUCGGUGGGGCAUUCUUCUCUCGCAAAGACGUCGUUGGAUCAACUCCACCAUUCACAAUUUGGCAGAGCUGGUCUUGAUGCCAGAGCUUUGUGGAUUCUGCUUUUUCUCUAUGCGCUUCAUCGUCUUCCUCGACUUGAUGGGAACCAUCAUUCUGCCGGCAACCACGGUUUACUUGAUCUACUUGAUUGUGACAGUGGCGACCCACAAUGCCGCGAUUCCCAUCAUUUCGCUCGCGAUGAUCGGAGCCGUAUACGGUCUGCAAGCGAUCAUCUUCUUGCUGAAACGCCAGUGGCAGUACAUUGGCUGGCUCAUCAUCUACAUCAUGGCUUAUCCGGUAUGGUCGUUCUUCCUGCCGAUAUAUUCCUUCUGGCAUAUGGACGACUUCAGCUGGGGUAACACCAGAAUAGUGGUUGGCGAGAAGGGCAACCGCAAGAUCAUUGCUGGUACCGACGACGAGCCAUUCGAAGAUAGCAUGAUCCCUCUCAAGCGCUUCAGCGAGUAUCAACGCGAUGUACUCAAUGAGCCCACCGAUGCAGCAUCCAUGCGCUCAGGAUUCACCGGCAAGAGUGGAGCGGGACCCUUUGGCAACAACUAUGCUGUUGGAAUGGGCCGCAGCACGCCAUCCCUGAUGGGAAUGCCACAGUUGGCCCACCGCGGGCCGAGCAGUGCGUACGCUGGAUCAGAUGCUGGGUCCGCAGUUUAUGGGCAGCCAUCCGCCCAGGCAGACUACUUUCAAAACACAAAUGUCCUGGAUCAACGGCAGCACUCGAGACAAAGUUCGGGUGCUUUGGGAGGCUCGAAGGCCGCUUCGCGUAUGCCUUCCAUGGCAUUUGGACAGCAACCAGCGCAGCAAAUGCCAGGCAUGAGCCCAUACGCCAGUCCGAUGUAUGGUGUGCAAGCUCCACCCAUGUCGAUGUAUUCCAUGGGACCCCAGAGCAUGUACAUGGCACCAGGCAUGGGCAUGUCGACCCCAAGCUUUUCGCCAUUUGCCGGUGGCAUUCCUCCCAUGCAGCAUUCACCUGCAGGCUCUGACGCCGGAGGACCACCGGUCAUUGGACCAUUGAUGCCGCAGGGAACCGGCAGCGGUAUCUGGCCUAGCUCGCCUCCGGCUCAAGGAGGCAGUGCCACAAGGGCGCAAAGCACUUAUGCGCUUGGAGCCGGCAACACCAAUCCAUUUGCGACGCCUGUUGGAGCGCCGUCUGCACCAGAUGCUCUUCCGACUAGUCUUGCCAUGGAAGUCACAGAUUCCGAGCUCGCUGCGAGUGUGCGCAAGUACCUGGCAUCGCAGACAGAUCUGAUGAGCGUGAGCAAGAGGAACGUCCGAGACGCCGUCAUUGCGGCGUACCCCAAGGCCGAUCUUGGUAGCCGAAAGGCGACGAUCAACAAGGCGAUCGACGACACGCUGAGCGGUGCUGCUUGA